AUGCUUAAUGCCUACAUACUAUGGUUUGUAGUUGUGUGGAAGCAUGCCAAGAGUGAUGGCCAUGAGGACUAUGGCCUCCUUGUCAGUGAGAAGGCAAGGAAAUAUGCCAUAAUCAAGGAGCUUGAUGAGCCAGUUACCUUGAAGGAUGGGACAGUGGUCCUGCAGUUUGAAGUGAGACUUCAGAAUGGCCUUGAAUGUGGAGGUGCCUACAUUAAGUACAUCCGCCCUCAGGAUGCUGGAUGGGAUGCCAAGGAGUUUGAUAAUGAGACUCCAUACACUAUUAUGUUUGGUCCAGAUAAGUGUGGGUCAACCAACAAGGUUCAUUUCAUCCUUAAGCACAAGAAUCCUAAGACUGGAAAGUAUGUUGAGCAUCACCUCAAAUUCCCACCUUCUGUCCCAUAUGACAAGCUCUCUCAUGUCUACACGGCUAUCUUGAAGCCAGACAAUGAGGUCAGAAUUUUGAUUGAUGGGGAAGAAAAGAAGAAGGCAAACUUCCUUUCUGCUGAUGAUUUUGAGCCAGCACUUAUCCCGCCCAAGACCAUUCCUGACCCUGAUGACAAGAAGCCAGAGGACUGGGAUGAGAGAGCUAAAAUCCCUGAUCCAGAUGCAGUGAAGCCUGAUGACUGGGAUGAGGAUGCCCCGAUGGAAAUUGUGGAUGAGGAAGCCACCAAGCCUGAGGGAUGGUUGGAUGAUGAACCUGAGGAGAUUGAUGAUCCUGAGGCAGCCAAGCCUGAGGACUGGGACGAUGAGGAGGAUGGUGAAUGGGAGCUGCCAAAGAUUGACAACCCCAAGUGUGAAGAGGCACCUGGAUGUGGCGAGUGGAAGAGGCCAAUGAAGCAGAAUCCUGCUUACAAGGGCAAGUGGCAUGCACCUAUGAUUGACAACCCCAACUACAAGGGAAUCUGGAAGCCUCAGGAGAUCCCCAACCCUGAGUACUUUGAGCUUGACAAGCCUGAUUUUGAUCCAAUUGCUGCUAUUGGGAUUGAGAUCUGGACAAUGCUGGAUGGCAUCCUGUUUGACAAUAUCUUGAUUGCUGAUGAUGAGAAGGUUGCCACCUCCAUUCUGGAGAAGACCUGGAAGCCCAAGUAUGAUGUUGAGAAGGAAAAGGAGAAGGCUGAGGAGGCUGCUGCUGGUGCAGAUGGUCUUUCUGAGUUCCAGAAGAAGAUUUUUGACAUCCUGUACAAGGUUGCUGAUGUUCCGUUCUUGGCUCCCUACAAGGCCAAGAUCAUUGAUGUUAUCGAGAAGGGAGAGAAGCAGCCCAACAUCACUAUUGGUAUUUUGGUCUCCGUUGUCGUCGUGUUCGUUACUGUUCUCUUCAGGAUCCUGUUUGGUGGCAAGAAGCCAGUGUUAUGCCACCUGGAAAUUAGUAAGGAUGGAGACCUUUUGAAAACUUUCUAUGUUCGAGUUACAUCAUGCAAGACCACAAGUAGCAUGUUAAAGGAUGAAGAGGACAUGGUGAUGAUCAACAAGGUUCAGAUGGCACCAGCAGCUUACGCUGAUAUAAGCCGUCUGUAUCUCACAGAUAGAGUCUCUAUGGUGUCAAUGGGUGACGUACCUCCCUGUCGGGUGACCAAGCGUCAUGUGGAGAUCGCAGCUGCUGAUCGGUAUCCCCAUGGUCUGGAGUAUCUUCUGGAAGUCACCAAAUUAAUUAGCAUGUCGGAUGAUACUCAUGUCUCGUGUCUCAGUGAUCUGGGUGAUUAUCGGGUGACCAAUCAGUGUCUCCUUGAGCUAGAGGAGUGCAUGCUCCGACGGUGCCAUCGGAUGGAGCAGGUCUUUGAAAAGCUGUAUGCAGGAUACCUAGGGAUGUCUCUCAAGAAUGCAUGUCUCCCAUCUCAAAAGUUUAACCCAUUUCUACAGACCAUUGGGUCGUGCAGGAAAUUUCAAUGCACUGAAGCAUCUAGUCUUAGAGCACUGCCCGAGGUUGGAGGGCGUCGUGCCACAUGA